AUGGCUACCACCGCACUUCGCCACAUCUACUUCUUCAUCAAUGACCGCGGCGACACUGCGCAAGAUCCUAAGAUGCCCUCCGACAGCGACGAUGCCGGCCUGAAAGUCUCCACUGCGCCUGUACAGAACGGCUCGACUGCCUCGACCGAUCCUAGCCCAACGUCCGUCUCCUCCCGAGCUGGUCUUGAUUCAGCGUCCAGCACUGCAUCGACUCACAGCUCGCCACUCACACCAACGGCUCCAGCCUUUGAACCCAAUGGAUUCAAUCCAGCGGCCAAGAUGUUCGUCCCGCAGGCGCCCAAGGCCAUGCCAGUGCGCACCAAGCAUGUGCCACCAUUCGAGAUGCGCCUCUCGCCAGGCAAAGGCUAUGGUCUUUUCGCCACUCGUCGCAUCCCCGUCGGAGCCAGAAUUCUGGGCGAAAAGCUUCUUCUUGCCAUUGAUCCGAGCGAUCUGGCCAAUGUGCACCGCAAAUACCUCAAGCUUACGGCGGAUGAGCGUGCGGUCUACGACAGUCUCAGCUGUUUCCACCCCUCGCACAUCGACUUCGAACAAGCAGCAAAUGUCUACGUGGCCAUGAGUCCGCGAUACCACUAUGUAAGCAACGAGGCUCUGGAGACACUGAAAGGAGAGGUCGUCAAGGCCAUGGGCAUCUUCUCCGCCAACAACUUCAUCCUGGCCGGCGGCAACCAGGGAGUCUUCGCUCUGGCUUCGCGCAUCAACCACAGUUGCGUGCCGAAUGUGCAUCACACCAACAAUCCCAACAUUCGCAGAGAGACUGUUCAUGCCAUGCGCGAUAUCGAGGCUGGCGAAGAGUUGCUAGCAAACUAUCUCGGCGCAGGAGCCACCUACGACCCUCGCCUCACCCGCAUGGAGGCACUUCGCAACAACCAUGGCUUCAUCUGCCAGUGCCAGGCUUGCAUGGAUCCCAACUCCGACGAGCGCCGACACAGCAUCAGUUCCAUCUUCUGGGGCCUGAACGCCUACAUGGAGCACUCAACCGAAGGCCAUCCCUACAUCCCACAUGAUCCUUAUACUGCUUUGGCUCAGGCAGAACAUGGCAUCAGUCUUAUGAUGGAAGAAGGUAUUUUCAACACCGAGCUCUGCAAAGCCUAUCGCGUGGCGUCCAUGGCCGCACUCGAUCUCGAGGACUAUCAGAAAGCCAUGGAGUAUGCAGAGAAUGAGCUGGAAAUCGAGAAGAACAUCAUUGGCGUCGAGGUUAAUGACCUUGUGCAGAAGGGGGUGGCAGCUAAACUGUGGCUCAGCAAUGUCAGUGCAAUGUCUGCAGAGGCUGCUCAUGUGAAGUAUCAGAAGGCGCAGAAGAAGAAGGAGAAAAAGAGACUCGCCAAGAAGGCCAAAGCAGAGGUUAAGCAGGCUGCUGCAGCUCCUUUUCAAGACGAAUGA